CCGUCCAAGUCAAAAUGGCGGCUUGCAUGUGAAAAAAUUGUUGAGUUGCAAAGGAACGACAGUUUUGUUAAGUUUUUGCCCCAAUAGACAGGAUCUCGUCCGUGCGUUGGCUUCAGUAGAUAUGUCGGACACGUGGAGUAGUAUCCAGGCUCACAGGAAGAGCCAGGAGAGUCUCAGAGAGCGGCUACAGCGCCGCAGGCGACAGGGACUUGGUCUAGAUAUCGAGGGCCUGGUGGCAGGGUCCAGUAGUGACUCCAAGCCCAGCUCCCGCAGCAGCACGCCCCACCCCCACGCCGCCGGCCCCACCCCAAAGGCAGACGACGUCACCAACAUCGACCCUGAUGUGGAGAAGAAGCUGCUGGCCUGUCUGAACGAACAGGACAUGACCGUACCCACAGAUUCCACUGUUCUCCAGGGCAGAGUGGCAAAGGAUCUGGAGAAGGAUGUUUCACAAGCAUGUGUGGAGAGCCUACUGCAGAAAUUUGCGGCACAGGAGUUGAUAGUCAUAAAGAACAGCGUGACAGAUGCUGGGACAUCAUGCAUAGUAGUGACGGAACUCGACCAUUCCAAGUUGAAAGCCAUGUGCAAUGAGCUUCUACAGUCAGGAGCAGAGGUCUCCGAAAAAUCAGGUGUUGGUGUGAAGAGAAAAAGAGAAACAGAUUCCCCUGCACCAGAGGAGCGUGUGACCAAAGCAGUGAGUAAGAAGAAGGAAGACUUGGGUGAUGACAGUAUUGAGAGUCUCCUGUCUAUGCCAACCAUAAAGGAACAAGAGACAAAGGAGAUGGGAGAGGAGAUAUUCGAUCUUCUUAGUAAACCUACUGCAAAGGAGCAGUCUCUGGUAGAGAAGUUCAAAUCACAAGGAGGAGCCCAGGUCCAGGAGUUCUGCCCACAUGGUACAAAGGAAGAGUGCAGGAAGGAGAGGAGGGAGAACCAUGCCUGUAACAGGCUUCACUUCAAGAAAAUCAUCAAGGACCACACUGAUGAAUCUCUGGGAGACUGUUCCUUCCUCAAUACAUGUUUCCACAUGGACACAUGCAAGUAUGUCCACUAUGAAAUAGAGUUCCCUGAGGGAGAUGCCAAACUGGACCAGGAGCAAAAAGCUGCUCUUGCGAAGGCUGUCAAGCCCAAGAACUCAGCACAUAUUCUGUACCCAUCACAGUGGGUCCAGUGUGACAUUCGCCGCAUCGACAUGGAGGUUCUGGGCAAGUUUUCAGUGGUGAUGGCUGACCCCCCCUGGGACAUCCACAUGGACCUGCCCUACGGCACCAUGACGGAUGAUGAGAUGAGGAACCUGAAUGUAUCAGCCAUUCAGGACGAGGGUUACAUCUUCCUUUGGGUCACCGGCAGAGCCAUGGAGCUGGGAAGGGAGUGUCUAAAACUGUGGGGGUACGAGCGGGUGGACGAGCUGAUUUGGGUGAAGACAAACCAGCUGCAGCGGAUCAUCCGGACUGGACGGACCGGACACUGGCUCAACCAUGGCAAGGAACACUGUCUGGUUGGGGCGAAAGGUACUCCAUUUUGGACCAACAGAGGACUGGAUGCUGAUGUCAUUGUUGCUGAGGUACGUGAGACCAGCCACAAGCCUGAUGAAGUGUACGGCAUCAUCGAGCGACUGGCCCCAGGGCGCAGGAAGAUUGAACUGUUUGGCAGGAUGCACAACGUUCAGCCCAACUGGGUGACCCUUGGGAACCAGCUGGAUGGAGUACACUUAGUGGACCCUGAGAUGGUGGACCGAUUCCGACAGAGGUACCCCGACGGUGACAGGAGCUACCUCAAACCCUCCUGAACAAACUUCAUCAAACUCUCUCAUGGAAGUCCUCCUCUGUUGGGAGAAACCUUCGUAGACGGAAUGAACAAUUAAACUCUGAAGCCAAUACCUUCAAGAAUCGGACUUACAUGUACCCACAUUUUCAUCUAAUAAUAUGCAACUCUAGUCUUUGUCAGAGAAUGAAUACUGAAGGCUGGUGGAAGCCUUCGAAGUAAGAUUGUGAAUAUAUAGCACGGUACAGUAUUGUAUAUUUUGUGUGUUGUCUCCAUCACUUAUGGUAGAAUCAGGUAAGAAUUGGUUAAAGUCAAAUUGAAGAGAUGUGAAGGUAUGCAUCACACCUAGAGGGUCAGUCACGAAUAGUCAAAUUUCAUCACUUCUGCAUGUAAGUGGAGAUGCGUAGGCAUUGGCAAACCUAUGAUAUAUGCCAUAGGUGUAUCAUCAUCACCGUGUAUGAAUCUCUUUGCGUUGCAGGCAUAUGUUAUAAUAAGAGCACUGUAAUUAGUAAUUCAUGUAAGUUAGUACUGAUCAAGGUUGAUAGAUUUGCCCUGGCAAAGAUCUGGAAUCAUUGAAAAUUAAAAAUGAAGCAAGAA